AACAACACUAUCAAACCCUAACCUGGAGACCGCCGGGAGAAAGGCUGCAUUGAAUCCUGUGAUAAAUUCAGUGUGUUUUCAGCCUGGGAACCUGCAUUAAGAUUUGGAGAUACAUAUUAAGGAAGGUUUUCCAUCAGGGUGACAAUGAGUCAACGUCAGAUCAUCCAAGUGUUUGAGCAGUAUCAGAAAUCCAGGAUGCAGUUUGUGCAGACGGUUGCAGAUCUGGCAGCCAGACCUCAGAACAUAGACAUCCUUCAAAGUGCUGGUGUGAUGUCCCUGCUGCGGCCCCUCAUGCUGGACGUGGUCCCCAGCAUCCAGCAGACAGCAGCUCUGGCUCUGGGCCGCCUGGCUGACCACAGUGAUGACCUGGCUGAGGCUGUGGUGAAGGAAGACAUCCUGCCCCAGCUGGUCCACUCUCUGUCCUGGCAGAAUAGGUUCUAUAAGAAGGCCGCAGCGUUUGUGUUGCGUGCAGUUGCCAAACACUCCCCUGAGCUGGCUCAGGCUGUGGUGGCCUGUGGGGGAGUUGAUGCCCUGGUUCUCUGCUUUGAUGAGUUUGACCCUGGGGUGAAGGAGGCUGCUGCCUGGGCUCUCGGCUACAUCGCACGACACAACGCAUCGUUGUCUCAGGCAGUUGUGGACGCGGGUGCUGUCCCUCUGCUGGUGUUGUGUCUUCAGGAGCCCGAGUUGGCCACCAAACGCAUUGCAGCUUCCACCCUCAGUGACAUCUCCAAGCACACACCAGAGCUGGCCCAGACGGUGGUGGACAGUGGUGCCAUCGCACACCUGGCACAGAUGAUCCUCAACCCAGACGCCAAACUGAAGAGUAAGAGGGCUCUGAAGAGCGUUCUGCAGAAGUGCACCUACCUGCCGGGUCUGGAGCCCCUCCUCUACGACGCCCCGAGCAACAUCCUCAAACACGUUGUCUGCCAGUUCAGCAAGGUGCUGCCUCAUGACAGCAAGGCUCGCCGUCUGUUUGUGACCAGUGGAGGGCUGAAGAAAGUGCAAGAGAUCCAGGCUGAGCCCGGCUCCGCUCUGCAGGAGCACAUUAACGCCAUCAACAGCUGUUUUCCUGAAGAGAUAGUCAGGUACUACUCCCCUGGCUACUCAGAGGUCCUGCUGGAGCGUUUAGAGAACUACCAGCCGGCCUGACUGCACUCCACACUACACAUUGUUAAAAGUUUUCCAUCUUUUAUUUUGUGUCCACACCUUUAAUUUUAAAUGCAUGUCAGCCAUAACUUCAGCCUAUAUAAGGAUAGAAACUUUAUAUGCUCAUAUUUUCCACUGUAUGUUGUGUUAAGAUACAAUUAAAGACAUUUCAUGGAGCUUCAUGGAAACUAUUCUCUUGUGCUCACUAACAGAGAGGUCAAAGGUCAGGACCAGCAGCAGAGCAGCCA